AUGGCCUCGGCCACGCCCAAUCCGCUCCUCACGCCGUUCACUCUCCCGGACGGCACGGAGCUCUCAAUGCGCAUCGUCUACGCGCCGCUCACGCGCGAUCGUGCCGUCGGGACCAUCCCGCAGCCGAACGCCGCGACUUACUACUCGCAGCGCGCGCACAAGGGCGGGCUUAUGCUCACCGAAGGCACGUGUAUUUCGCCCGAGGCGCACGGGUACCCCGACACCCCGGGGAUCUACACGGAAGCGCAGAUCGCGGCGUGGAAGCCGGUGAUCAAGGCGGUGCACGACAAGGGCGCGCGGUUCUACUGCCAGCUGUGGCACGUCGGCCGCGCGUCGCACCAAGAGUACCAGCCUGAUGGCGCCGCGCCGAUGGCUCCGUCCGCCAUUCCUAUCAUUAGCGAGGAGAUCAAAGUGUACAUCAGCACUGGCCCAGCCGACUAUCCCACGCCCAGGGCCAUGACCGCGGAAGAGAUCAAGAAGGUGGUGGAGCAGUUCCGAGUGGCGGCGCGUAACGCGAUCGACGCGGGGUUCGACGGCGUGGAGGUACACGGCGCGAAUGGGUACCUGCUGGAGCAAUUCAUCAAGGACGGCAUCAACAAGCGCGAGGACGAGUUUGGCGGCUCCUUGGAGAACAGGCUUCGCUUCCCCCUGCAGGUGAUCAAGGCAGUGGCGGACGAGGUGGGCGCCAGCAAGGUGGGCGUGCGGCUGUCGCCGUACAGCUCCUUCCUGGAUGCUUCCGACUCGGACCCCGUGGGCACGUAUUUGGGGCUGGUGGAGGCCCUCAACAGCCUGGGCCUGGCGUACGUGCAUUUCAUUGAGGCGCGCGCGCAGGGGAAUGCUGACUUGGAAGAUGUAAAGGAGACUCUGGAGCCAUUCCGCAAGGCGUUCAAGGGGCCCUUCAUUGCUGCUGGCGGCUACAAGCGGGAAAACGGCAUGGAAGCUAUUGAAAACGGAUCGGCGGAUCUGAUCACGUACGGCCGUCUCUUCCUCGCCAACCCAGACCUGCCGAGGCGCUUUGAGCUCAAUGCGCCCCUCAACCCGUACGACCGCAGCACCUUCUUCAGUGGGGAUCAGGUCAAGGGGUACAUCGACUACCCUUUCCUGGAUGAGGAACCCAAGAAGGCUGAAUAG